AUGCCUCUGGCCCCUUCUAGAGGCCAGCAGCAGGGUGGAUGCCACUGACAGCCAUGAAGUCCAGCCUCUCUUUGUGCCACAGAAGACCAGGCACUUGACUGCUCUGAUCUGGGGACUGGCCCUAGUCCCUGCUGGCUGUUGUUAGCAGGUAAAAGGCCUCGUGGCUCCCAGAGCAAUGGUUAUGCCCCAGGGGCUUCUUGCUCUCUUAAGGUGGGGCCCACUUGCAGUGCUGACCCCUGGACCCAGAGUCUGGGGUUGUGAGGUGCACCCCUCCGGGUCUAGCCAGCCGCCAGACUUGAGGCUGCGGCCGUCAUUGCUUCUACAAUCAGUGCAUGUUUCUCGCUGACGUCAGUCCGAGCUGUCCUGGAGCUAUAUAAGGCUGGCGGCAGUCCCGGGACAGACCCCGGGUUCCCCGCGGUGCCCUCAGCCCACCGGAGGGACAGAGACUGGAGCCCCAUCCCGCAGCACGCAGACACUCUCCGGCAACCUGGCCGGCGGCACCAUGAAGCAGGGGGGACGCGCGGCGCUGCUGGUGGCGCUGCUACUCCUGGCACAGCUGCGCCCAGGGAGCAGCCAGUGGAGCCCGGAGGCGGUGGCGGCCAGAGUCCGGGACCCGAGUCUGCGCUGGAGCCCCGGGGCGCGAAACCAGGACGGCGGGGCCCGCGCGCUGCUCUUGCUGCUGGCGGAGCGCUUCCCGCGCCGCUGGGGGCCCGGUCGGUGGGGAUCCCGGACCGCGGGGGAGCGGCCGAGACGGGACGACCCUCCGCUGUCCAUUGAUCUCACCUUCCACCUGCUGCGGACCCUGCUGGAGCUGGCGCGGACACAGAGCCAGCGGGAGCGCGCCGAGCAGAACCGCAUCAUAUUCGAGUCGGUGGGCAAGUGAUCGGCGGGGUCUGCAGCCACGAGAACCUCGACCCCUGUUCCCCACCCCCCGGCCGGGCGUGCGCGGCUGGAACUGACCCAGUCCCGCGGGCUAAAGCGGUCCAGGGAUGCCCGGAGCACUCCGUGCGUCACCAAUUUUUAAUAAAAGUGCUGA